GGACAGAGAAAGGGACAGAGUUCUUCCUCGGCGGGGCUUGCAGCCUGCUGCCGCCGAUUCCUGCAUCUCGAGGGCAGCCCCGCCAAGGGUCGGCCCCGCCAGGCCCGCCCUCUCGGCUCCGGCCACGCUCUCGCGGGCGCGCUCUGGGUGGGGCUUCGCGGCCGGUGGGGACGCGGCCGGGGCUGCGCGGCCGGUGAUGCGAGCGGCUGGGCGGCGCGCCGGGGCAGCCCGAGCCGCGCGCCGCGUCGCUGAAAUCGGACACCAGAGCGCUCGCCCCCCGCGCCCGGCCGCUCUCCAUUCACUCCGAGGCGCUUGGUUGAGCGCCGCCGAGAAGGGACCCGGGUGCCGCGGCACUGCAGCGCUGAGGAUUCCUUUACAAAGAAACUCAGAGGACCGGGAAGAAAGAAUUUCACCGCUGGGACGCUCUAGAAAUUAAGGUCUUCUGGGAAAAGGAUUGGAGACACACACGGAUCCAACCCGGUAGCAAGUUGAGGACUUUUCCGUGCUGAUUUCUUCCAGCCUUGGUAUUUUCCCUUGGAUAUUAACUUGCAAAUCUGAAGAAAUGACAUUCCGGGCAUUUUGCGUGUUGGUUGGAGUAUUGAUAUGCUCUAUCUGUGUAAAAGGAUCUUCCCAGCCCCAAGCAAGAGUUUAUUUAACAUUUGAUGAGCUUCGAGAAACCAAGACCUCCGAAUACUUCAGCCUGUCACACCACCCUUUAGACUACAGGAUUUUAUUAAUGGAUGAAGAUCAGGACCGAAUAUAUGUGGGCAGCAAAGAUCACAUUCUUUCCUUGAAUAUUAACAAUAUAAGUCAAGAACCUUUGAGUGUUUUCUGGCCGGCAUCUACAAUCAAAGUUGAAGAAUGCAAAAUGGCUGGCAAAGAUCCCACACAUGGCUGUGGGAACUUCGUCCGUGUAAUUCAGACUUUCAACCGCACUCAUUUGUAUGUCUGUGGGAGUGGUGCUUUCAGCCCAGUUUGCACUUACUUGAACAGAGGGAGGAGAUCAGAGGACCAAGUUUUUGUGAUUGACUCCAAGUGCGAAUCUGGAAAAGGACGCUGCUCUUUCAACCCCAAUGUGAACACAGUGUCUGUUAUGAUCAAUGAGGAGCUUUUCUCUGGAAUGUAUAUAGAUUUCAUGGGGACAGAUGCUGCUAUUUUUCGAAGUUUAACCAAGAGGAAUGCAGUCAGAACUGAUCAACACAAUUCCAAAUGGCUAAGUGAACCUAUGUUUGUGGAUGCACAUGUCAUCCCAGAUGGUACUGAUCCAAAUGAUGCUAAGGUGUACUUCUUCUUCAAAGAAAAACUGACUGACAACAACAGGAGCACAAAACAGAUUCAUUCCAUGAUUGCUAGGAUAUGUCCUAAUGACACUGGUGGACUGCGUAGCCUUGUCAACAAGUGGACCACUUUCUUAAAAGCAAGACUGGUGUGCUCUGUAACAGAUGAAGAUGGCCCAGAAACACACUUUGAUGAAUUAGAGGAUGUGUUUCUGCUGGAAACUGAUAAUCCAAGGACAACACUAGUGUAUGGCAUUUUUACAACAUCAAGCUCAGUUUUCAAAGGAUCAGCAGUAUGUGUGUAUCAUCUAUCUGAUAUACAGACUGUGUUUAAUGGACCUUUUGCUCACAAAGAAGGGCCCAAUCAUCAACUGAUUUCCUAUCAGGGUAGAAUUCCAUAUCCUCGCCCUGGAACUUGUCCAGGAGGAGCAUUUACACCCAAUAUGCGAACCACCAAGGAGUUUCCAGAUGAUGUUGUCACUUUUAUUCGGAACCAUCCUCUCAUGUACAAUUCCAUCUACCCAAUCCAUAGAAGGCCUUUGAUUGUUCGUAUCGGCACUGACUACAAGUAUACAAAGAUAGUUGUGGAUCGAGUGAACGCUGCUGAUGGUAGAUACCACGUCCUGUUUCUUGGAACAGAUCAGGGCACUGUGCAAAAGGUGGUUGUUCUUCCUACUAAUAGCUCUGCCAGCGGCGAGCUCAUUCUGGAGGAGUUGGAAGUCUUUAAGAAUCAUGCUCCCAUAACAACAAUGAAAAUUUCAUCCAAAAAGCAACAGUUGUAUGUGAGCUCCAAUGAAGGGGUUUCCCAAGUGUCUCUGCAUCGCUGCCACAUCUACGGCACAGCCUGUGCUGAUUGCUGCCUGGCAAGGGACCCGUACUGCGCCUGGGACGGCCACUCUUGCUCUAGGUUCUACCCAACUGGGAAGCGGAGGAGCCGAAGACAAGAUGUGAGACAUGGAAAUCCACUUACUCAAUGUAGAGGAUUUAAUUUAAAAGCAUAUAGAAAUGCAGCUGAAAUUGUUCAGUAUGGAGUGAAAAAUAACACCACUUUUCUUGAGUGUACCCCCAAGUCUCCACAGGCAUCUAUCAAGUGGUUGCUACAGAAAGACAAAGACAGGAGGAAAGAGGUGAAGCUGAAUGAACGAAUCAUAGCCACUUCACAAGGACUGCUGAUCCGCUCUGUUCAAGAUUCCGACCAAGGACUGUAUCACUGCAUUGCUACUGAGAACAGUUUCAAGCAGACCAUAGCCAAGAUCAACUUCAAAGUUUUAGAUUCCGAAAUGGUGGCUGUUGUGACAGACAAAUGGUCCCCAUGGACCUGGGCCAGUUCGGUGAGGGCUUUACCCUUCCACCCGAAAGACAUCAUGGGGGCAUUCAGCCACUCAGAAAUGCAGAUGAUUAAUCAGUACUGCAAAGACACUCGGCAGCAGCCUCAACAGGGAGGAGACUCACAGAAAAUGAGAGGAGACUAUGGCAAGUUAAAGGCUCUCAUCAACAGCCGGAAAAGUAGAAACAGGAGGAAUCAGUUGCCAGAGUCAUAAUAUUUUCUUCCGUAGGGCUUAUGCUAUUAGUAACAAAUGCUCUGUCUUCAAAUGAUCAAAUUUUGAGCAAAGAAUCUUGGGCUUUACUCAUGGGAAAUUCCUGAGAAAGGUGAUUACUCACUCCUAAAGUGAGUUUUGCAUAAACUGAAAUGAGCAUGCAUUUUCUUGUAUGAUAUUGACUAGCACUAGACAUGUCAUGGUCCUCAUGGUGCAUAUAAAUAUUUAACUUAACCUAGAUUUUAUUUAUAUCUUUACUCACCUUUGCUUCAAAAUCAACAGUGAGGCUACAAAACUAGAAUUGUCACAUCCCUCAAUUGAACAAGGGCUAUAACCCUGUGAUAUUUCUUCCCUGCUUUGGGGCUUUAGAUUUCUAAUUGUGAAUGAUUUUAUAUAUGAAAACAAACUCCAAAAUCACAACUUUCACAUAGUAAAAGUCAUAUAAAUGCAUGUGACAGAGUGGCUAUCAAAAGAAAUGUAAUAGUAGAUAAAAGACAAGGAAGAGGGCAUCUAAAGUUUGUGUAAAAACAUGAGUGAUUCAUAAAGAGAAAAUGGUGAGUUUAUAUGCUUCCAGUGAAUUAUUUUUUUAAGAUUGUAAAAAUUAUCAGUUGCUGGUAUCUGUCAUUGACCUCUGAUUCCUUGUUUCAGGAAGAUGAAAUCAAUAACCUAUACCAUGAAGAUCUUUGAUAGGAGUCAUGUCAGUGAAGCAGUUAGGUUUAUGUCAUUGCCUUCCAAACAAAAGUACGUUCUUAUUUUGGAAGUUAUUUAAGUUAUUCCAGACUUGACGAAUAUAAUCUCGCACUGUUGAAUGAUUAAUAUUUUUAUCCUAAUUUCCUAGUCUGUGUGGCAAAUUAAUGUAAGAAGAAAAAAAUUUUGAAGUAUCAAAUUUCUAUAUGCGGGUGAAGCUAUAAAAUAAAAAAGGAAAAGUAGAAAAUGCAAUUUUAUUAAGAGAAUUUAUAACAAAUGUGGCUGCUUUACAGCUUCAAUACUCAAGUUCAAUGACUCUCACUUUUAUUAAAACCAAUCUCAGAUAUCCUACUGAUUUUUAAGUCAACACUUAAUUUUUUAAUGAUCUUUUGGGUGUGGUGGUGAGGUGCUCAAUAUUCCCAGAAAGGAAAAAACAAUAUAAUAUGAAUAAAAAUAGACAUUCUUUUAAAAGAAUUAUGGUGCAUAUGUUUAUUGGUCUAUAAAUAUACAUGUGGUAAGUUUUAUGAUGGAUGGAAUAGUUAUCUUCUAAUUUUAUGAUUGGAUAACUUUAUUAGAAUAAUACUGAAAUUAUUUCCUCCUAAGAAAAAAUAGCUGGAAAAGAUAUGAAUAAUUUCCUCAUUUUCUCAUAUUUCUUUUAAAAGCACAACUUUUGCUGUUUCAUUUUAUUUACUUUUAAGAAAGGUCAUGUUUCCAGGUAAAAACAGAAAUUGUACCAUAUACCUAAUCAAUAUCUAAUACAAAAAUUUUAUUUAUUCUUAACAAUCCAUGAAGAAGGUAAUCGAGGUAGUUGCAUUGUCUUUUUAAGCAUUGCAGUAUAAAACUUCAAAAACUAAAAUCAUUGUCAAAAUGGAUGUGAUUCUUGAUAAGAAUCUAAGAAUAUGAUGUAUUAUUUCAGUGGUGGUAAAAGAGGUCUCAAUGUGGCAAAAGUAGCAGUUAAAAUACACAACAUAGUACUAAAUGUCAUUAAAAAAACACUGUCAUUCUAAAUGUGUAUGAUUCUAAAGCAAUCUCUAAUGCAGUUUAUGAUAUAAAUGGUUUGCCUGCUUAAAAGGUGUAAUUAAAUUUCUUUUCUCCUCUACACGCACAAGUAGAAAUGUGUCAAUGUAAAGCCAAAAACAACUUUUUUGCUUAUGGCCAAUUUAUUCUAUGUACAGAGUUGAAAGCAAAAUUGUUUCAGGAUCAGUUUUCCUUGCUUCAUGUAAGCCCAAACUGAUAGACAAUAAGGGUGUUUAAAUUUAUAAUAUUAUUUGUGCUAUUUAAUACUUUCUAUUUUGUGCAUUAUUAAAUUGUGUAUACUUUUAUUACUUUUUUAAGAUUAUAAAAAUUCUUGAACAUAACUCUGCCAACUGUAAAGAGAAUUUUCUUUCUCAAAAAUAUUGUUAAUGUAUACUGAAUAUUGGUGGUUGAUUGAUUUUAUUUUGUGUAGUUUGACAAUUCAAUAAGUUAAUAUGUUUUCCAUUUGUACUGUACAUAAAAUUUCCUAGAAAUGUACCUUUUUUUUUUAAAGAGUAGGUUUGUGAACAGACUUUAGCAUGAUGAAACUGUCAUUACGGUGAAUGUUACUUUGUGUAAGAAAACAAACUAAAUGUAACUAUCAUACUAAAGUUUAAUUGGAUAUUGAAGAAAUUUUUGGCCUGGAAAAAUAAAACAUGUUGAAUUCC